CUUGAUUGGUUCACGUUUGCAAUCACGUGAUCGAUAGCGUGCCAAUGUAGAGCUGGGAGAAGACUGGUGUCUGGGAAGUUCCCGCCGAUUGUUAGCGCGCUGAUUAGGCUUGGUGGGGGAUAAGAUUGUACGUAGGAUAAAAUAUUCUGGAGUUAUAUUGUUUGUAGGCGCAUACUCAAAUGCCGGGAAAAGAUGAAACUGGAGUGGUUGACGAGACUCCCGAGAAAGGAAGUAAUACGUUGUCAGAUGAGAAGCCCUGCUCUAGAGUUGUGGAAAAAAAGAUGGUUCAAGCUUGUUUACCUUUCAAACGCCUAAACCCAGCCCCUAGGGAGAAGGGGACAAUCUCGCAAAGAAUGAUGCCGCAUGUGGUUCAGAAUGUUAAUACCGGGUACCCAUUUGAUGUGGAAAAUGGUUGCAAUAUGGAUACUGGAGAGGCUCAGCCAAUUCCUAAAAUGGUAAAUGGACGGGGACCACUCGAUAACUACAUCAGAAAGAUUUCGAAGACUUGCAAUGUGAUUCCUAUCACAAUUGACUUGACUGAAGACACAAAUAGUGAACUUGUUGACAAACCCCCAUCAAAAGGAAAAGUGCAGUACGACUUGACUGAUGUUCUCCCAAGUUGUGAUUUAUUUAGAUCCCCAUCUUGCACACAGAUUAAGAAAAAUCCUGAAGAUUGUUUGGAGCAAAUGACUCAGUUUACGGCCAAAGGGAUCACAGAGGGUCAAGAAUCUCCUAAUUCUGUAGAGCUACAAGCUACUAAUCUGUCUGACAGUGUUACAUUUUUGACUUCUCCAGUUGGAGAGCAUACUGAAGAUGAAGAUGAAGAUACUCCUGUGUCCUCAAACAGUUCUCCAUUCAGUUCUCCUGAUGCCCUACCAACUACUCUGUUAAACAGUGGCAUCAAAUCUGCAUCUCCAACAAGCGGGUGUAAAGAGAAAGAACAGCAGUCAAAGAGGCCAAAGUUGCAGACAGAAAAGGAACAUCGGGACCGUAUUAGGGAAGAAUCAAAACUUGCCAAAGAGCGCGCAAAAGAAGAAGCAAAAAAAAAGAGAGAUGAAGAACGGGAGCAAAAGGCGAAGGAGAAGAAGGAAAAAAAGGAAAAAGAUGACAGAGAAAAGGCAGAAAAAAUGCGGCUUAAGGAAGAGAAGAAAAAAGAAAAGCUUGAAGCCUUGGAGUAA